UUCGCGAGGGGAAGAUUGCACAAAGAGGGAAGGGGAGAGAAAAGACAGGGAAGGAGGAGGUCUGCGUAAACCCCGCCUCCGGUCUCGGAUCCUCUCGCAAGUCUUAUUCACAGCCUCUCACGUUGAGGAUAGAGAGAGAAAGGGGAGAAACAAGAAGAAGGGCAUGCGAAGAAGAAGAAGGGGAGCAGCAAAACGACCAUGGCAAUAUCCAAAUCGUCUCAGCUUGAGAUAGUGUCCGAUCACAGCGCACCUCUACCACCGUCGACCACUGCACGGAGCAUGCAGUCGCACAAUAGACACAGCCCAGAUGAGUGAGGAGCGAUACCUGGGCCGUGGACAAAAUGAGGGUCAUCUUCAUCCAAAACGCCGGUUUUGUCGCAGCUUUCUCGCCUUUUCGAUGUGAGUCGGUGCUUUUGGCAGCGUUUAGGACGACAGAUAAGGUGAACGAGCCAGAAUUAACAGCUAGAUCAUGCAAGUCGAUUGAGGAGUGAGGAGAUCAGACCAAUUGAUUUAGUCUUUUUUUUUUUUCUUUUAGUGGGAUAGAGCUUGCAUUAUAGCCAAUUUAUCAUCAUUAAAUCCAAAGUGUAUUCAGCUUCUGGCAUGCUGCCUGCUGCCGAAAUCUGAAUACAUAUUUUAUUAUAUUGGCACUAUAAUUAAUUUUUAUCCAGUAAUACAGGACUAUGUAUCAGGUAAUUAUGGACCGAUAAUGUCCUUAUAGACUUGUUGUGCUUAAUCCAUUAGUAGAUUGAUUAUAUAGCGAUACAAACAUGAAUAGGUAGGAGGAGGAAUCUCUGUUCACUUUGAUCAAAGCCAAUUGAUCAACCGAGACAAUCUGGAAAUGUUAGUUUCCACAUGUAAUAGGCUAUGACUAGUAGGCUACGCGUUAUUCCUUGUAAUUUAUUUAUUUAUUAUUACUAUUAUUAGACCUAUAAGUAUUAUAUUAUCAAUUUAUUUUAGGUAGGUAGUUUGAAAUAUUUAACAGUGGGAAGGUAAAACACUUCCCUAGUGAGAUGGAAACCGCUUAUUUAUCGCCCCACCGGGGGGCAACGCGUCCUGAGGCCCAGAGAGGCCAAACCUCCGCGGGCAAACCGGCGGGGGGUGACCUCUCCCCUUCAGCUUCAGCUCCAGGUCCAUCCCUACCUGCCGGCAACUCAUCCGAAGAGACCCCGGCAAGCAGUGAUGGACGGAGAAACUCGGGCGUGAAGAAACACCACCACAAGCAUAACCUGAAACACCGCUACGAGCUGCUGGAGACGCUGGGAAGAGGCACCUAUGGCAAAGUCAAGAAGGCCAUUGAGCGACACUCCGGCAGAGAGGUUGCUAUCAAGUCAAUUCGGAAGGAGAAGAUCAAGGACGACCAAGACAUGGUUCACAUCCGCAGAGAGAUUGAGAUCAUGUCAUCCCUCCGUCACCCACACAUCAUCUCUAUAUAUGAAGUGUUUGAGAACAAGGACAAGAUCGUUAUUGUGAUGGAGUACGCCAGCAAGGGCGAGCUGUAUGACUACAUCAGCGAGCGCCGGCGCCUGAGUGAGCGGGAGACGCGACACUUCUUCAGACAGAUAGUCUCCGCCGUGCACCACUGCCACAAGAAUGGAGUGGUACACAGGGAUCUGAAACUGGAAAAUGUGCUACUGGAUGAAAACUGUAAUAUUAAGAUUGCUGAUUUUGGGCUGUCCAACCUCUACCAUAAGGACAAGCUGCUGCAAACCUUCUGUGGCAGCCCGCUCUAUGCUUCACCAGAGAUCGUCAAUGGGAGACCUUACCAUGGCCCAGAGGUUGACAGCUGGGCUCUGGGGGUGCUGCUGUAUACUCUGGUCUACGGGACCAUGCCAUUUGAUGGGGGAGACCACAAGAACCUCAUUCGCCAGAUUAGCAACGGUGAUUACAAAGAGCCCACUCAGUCCUCAGAUGCCCGUGGACUGAUCCGCUGGAUGCUUAUGGUGAACCCUGAGCGCCGGGCCACAGUGGAGGACAUAGCCAACCACUGGUGGGUAAACUGGGGCUGGAAAAACAGUGUGUGUGACUGCGAGACCCAACGUGACCACGGAGGCUCGCCCAUGCUGGCCCGCUUCAUCGACUGGCAGAACCGCACUGAGCCACGUGGUUCUGGAGGCAAGGCUGCAGCCAUGCCCCAGCUGCUGCGCCAGAGGCCCAAAAAGUCCAAGAAGGAAAAUGUUGAAGCAGGACAAACCCACUGUGGAGCAGAGGACAAGCCAGGUCUGAAGAGACCCAAGGGGAUCCUGAAGACCAGGGUUACUGAGGAGUUGGGCCAGGCAGUGCUGCCUCAACAAGCCGAAAGGGGAGAGGAAGCCUCAAGCCCAGAUCAAGAGGAAGAGGAGCCAAGUCUGGGAGGGGGUUCGCCAGCUAAGAUGGUGCCCUCUCUGCCCAGGAAAGGCAUCUUGAAGAACAACCAACAGCGGGAAUCAGGGUACUACUCCUCGCCAGAACGCAGCGAGUCCUCCGAGCUUUUAGGGGGUGCCAGUAUGUCUCUGCUAGCCACCUCCCCGCCUAGGAGAGUGAUGGGGAGAAAGGGCAUCUUGAAGCGAAACGGCAAGUACUCCACCUACAGCGGGCCUCCGUCAGCGGCAGCGGUGGCUGGAGUUCUUGGUGAGCCUCCUCCCUCAACUGACUCUGGUCUGUCCCGCAGUCAGAGUCGGCCCUCCAGUAUAGUUGGGGAGGACAGCUCCGUCCUGUCCCUGUCGCCCAGCUCCCUCAGUGGGGCUGAGUGGCAUUCCUCCACCCCCCACCACCGGCCAAACAUCAGGGCCUGUGUCUCGGCUGAAAACCUGCUGCAGCUCGCCAACUUCAAGGGGUUCCAGGCAGCCCCGCCGCUACAGGGUCCCAAGUUCAGCCGUGGCCCCAAAACGAAAGGCUCCCCGGGGGACAAUGGCAGCUUCUCCUUGCUAGGGGACCUGGAGGACAUGACUCAGGUGUACCAGCAAGCCCUGGACAUCAGCAGCAACCUCACCUAAAAGAUGGGUGGCAGAGAGAAAGAAGCAGAGGGAAUUGAACAUGACUGUAUGUGUGUAUGUGUGUGUACAGAUGUUUAUAGUUGGCAUUAACGACCAGUGUGUUACUGGGAUACACCUUUUGGGAAGUUGUGGUUUUCCAAAUGGGGCUGAAAUCUUGAUGGAAAUGAUAUGUCUUUGCACAUACAUACACACACAGAUGUGCAUACUUAGGUGCAUUUCUCUGUCCUGAGGAAAUUCAGUUAAGGUUUUGUGAACAAGUGAGAGGAGCUGGCACAAGAGAAUGCCACCCAGUCUGCUUUCUUGGCCCGCCCAUAGACUUUGCUGUGUUCAACAUGUUUACAUAUUCAGCAAGAAGGCAAGUUAGAAUCACAAACGCAUCAACCAGAAACUGGUUGGCUCUCCUUGUACACCACCCAUUUUGAGUUUGAGUUUACAAAAGCACCUUAAAACUCACACAGAGCACAUGCUUUUGUGAUCUUUACUUCCUUGAAAAAAAGAAACAAACCAGGGUCUUGUUCCAAAAAUAACUGACAUUGCUGAUUAUUUAUUAAUAUUUUCGUAGCUUUUAGUUGUAAGUGCAAAACUGGUGGGUGCUGGCUGUUACUGGAAAAGUCCUUGUCUCCAACUCUUUGUGUGGAACUGACAUAUAUAAUUAUGUUGCUCAGUGAUGAGAAACAUUUAUAUACUCAACAUAUAUAACUGUCUGCGCUUGUAAAACACGCAGGCAAAUAUACCUUCAUAAAAGCGUAUGUCCUAUAUAUGUGUAUGAUACUAGGGAAUAUGUAGGAAGUGCCUUUUUUGAUUCCUAAUAAAAAAAAAAAUUAUGUAUGUCAUUUCCUUAAAGUGGAGGGAAAAGCCAGGCCAACCUGUCACCAGUUCUGCUUUUUUUAAAUUUGUGAAUGUGGAGAGACCCAGGGCCUUCAGCACACAGCUGACUAGCUUUUCUUGUUUUGGGGUUCAAAGGUCAAUCUCAGACAUUUGAGAUGAAACAGUCUCCCCCCCCGCCCCCCCGCUCCUUCCACAAGUAGAUCACACAGAUAUGCCAAGAUCUACAGGUCACCUCAGAAAGACCUCCUCUGCACUCUUUGUCAGUGUUUAAGCUCAUACUUUGGUUUGUCAGCAAUUUAGGUGGUUUGGUUGAGCACGGACUUGCUGGCAGCACCAGAGGUCUGGAGGGACUCACCUAGUGGGGCAUUUAGUGAAGGGAGAUGGCGCAGACACCAUCUCACAGUCCUGGAAUGUGCCUGGCUCUCUUAACCUAGUUUUUUUUUCACAUUUUUCGAGGCUACCUGAUAAAACAGGCUGUUUAGUGAGAUAUUUAGUUUUUGUUUGUUUAUUUACCAAAGAAACUUAAGGUGGUUUCGAUUAUCAAACUAGUUCAUAAUUUACCCAAAGCCCUUUAAAAGAGCUAAGUAAGCUGCUUUGUUUAUCCCGCUGAUGACACAGCAAAUUCCUCAGACAAAGGCUGGAGACAUGUUGGUGCUAGAGAUUUCUAUCAGCCCCGGUCUGACUCAGCACAGGUGGGAUCUGCCGCCCAUGCUCAGCCCUCCAGCUGUGUAUACUAGUCCAUUAUGUCAACCAAGCACAAUUAGCCAGCUAUUGUUUUCAUUUGAGAGUAAGAGAGAGGCAGCGCAGAGAGAUUUAUCGCUAGAGGGAGAAGAAAAGAGUGUGAAAGAGUGAUGCUUGGAAAGGUGCUGAGAUUAGAGAGGACUUUCCUGUAAAACACAGGAAAGGUCAAGGAGUUAGAUUUAUGUUUUGAAGGGAUUGUAAUGUAGAAUAGUGAAAGUAAAGAAAGUGAGUAGAAAGAGUAGAUGGAAAGUUUUUUUAAUACCAAAGAUGUGAUAAAGCUUUGGCAUGGAUGAGGGGAAUGGAUAGGUCAGGGACUAAUAGGAGUCCUCUGGAUUUUUCUUUGAAAUGGGAAUCCCUCACGCUUUACCUCAUGUUUGUUUUCUUUUUCUUUUUGAGUUUUUAUUUGAGAUGCUGGAGGCUGUUGAUACAGCUUGUCUUGAGGGUCAGUCAGUGUGUGACUUGUGUGUCCUGCAUGGCCUUAGAAAGUGUUUCCACAGCAGCAGAAAAGUGGGGAGAACGGUGACUGACAUCAUCCAAAAUAUCAAAUGAUGUAGAUGGAAAACCAUGCAGUAGAUGACCCCGAGGAAAUAGAUCAUAUGUUGAAUGUUUUCAGUGGUCCUCUGGUGUGAAGCAAAGGUCCUGGAUAUCGAUUCAAAUGAAAGACCCAAUGCGUAUUAUUUUGCAUUUUAUUGCCUUUUGUAUUGCAUUUUAUUGUCAACUGGAUUUACAGUGAGAAAAUUAUACUAUGUUAGUAUUUUUGUUUUAUUAUGCUUCUGUUUUUGAUUUUCCAAAAUAUAAGAAACUUUAUAUUGCUUUAUGUUAUGGCAGAAAAUACUUCCUUCCUUGAAGUAUUAGAUUUUCUCUCCAGAAACGGACAAAUCUGAAUGAAAUGUUGCUACCCCUGUGGGUGAGAGAGGCCCAUUAACAAUCUACAAAUGGAAAAAAACAACUUAAUUAAUUGGAAUAGGGAAAAAUGCAAGAAUACGUGCUAAUGUAUCAAUAGCUGACCCUAAGAAAAUAGCACAGCCACCUCUACCAAAGCAGGGGAGGUCCAAAAUGCUGAAACAAGGGAGAAAAAAGAAUAAAGCAAUGGAAAGAAUCUGAUGAUGAAACUUUGCCAAACUGGAAAUACGUGGUGCAUUAUCUGUUAGUUAGCAGAAAGUCUAAUCAUAGGAAAACUUGACUGGAUAUUGUUAUGACAAUAAUAAUAAAUUAGUAUUAUUAUGUUAUUUAAGUAUUAUUUUCGUUACGGCUCAUUACUAUUGAUGGCUAUUGCCACAUUUUUGUUUUUCUGUUGGUGAUCCUCGACUGGCAAGGUGGAUUAAGUUGCGUGCCUUUGGUAUCUUUUAUGAACUUUUUUUUUUUGAUAAUGAAAAUUAUUAUCAAUGUGUUUUUAUACUUGUAUUUAUUGGUGAUCAAGCCAUUUAUUUUGUUGUCAAAAUACUCCCUGUUCAUGCUUCGGCCUGCUUUAGACUGUGUUGUGUUCAGGACUUACUGCACACAAAAAUAGAGUCGUUUGUUCGAAAUAGAGUUGUAUCAUCUCAUUGUGAAGGCAGCAGCCAAGCGUGUAUUUUCAAACAAAUCAAUAACAUAAUAAUAGUUCAAUUCCUGUAAAAUGUCUUAAUUCAUCCAUUUGGAUGUAUUUCUACUCAACACAAUGCCUCUGUAGUACUGUAUCAACUCAAAUAAAUGGAUCUUGGAAGUU